AUGUCUACCAGCUGCAAGAAUCUGAAGAACAAGCUCUUGAUAUGUAUUAGCACGACACCUUGCGCGAAUAGAGGAGGGACGGUGAAGCAAUGCUUGCAAGACAACGAGCUGCCAGAAGACUGUAAGAAGAUAAGACAGAUGUUCUUCGAGUGCAGGAGAGGACAGAUGGACAUGCGCAACAGGAUACGAGGAAAUCGGUGGGAUAACGCAGGAAACACAGGGGCAUAG